GUUCAGCCGAGGUAAAGCAGGCAAACACCGCGCGAAGUACAGUGUGUGCUGGUGGUAACUCUGAGCUGCUGCUCCCCCGCACCCGCUUUAAUGACACAGCCUGUCAUUAUUGUCUUUUUCGCCCCUCACUCUAUUUGUUUCUAAAACAACCUGCCACCUUAAAACAGCGGCGUCAAGCUAGCUAGCGUUAGUCGCCGGGAUUUCAAAACAAAAGCGUGAAAGUGACAACUGCUGGAUAAACGUUCAGACAAAUAACUCAAAGCAGAGCGCGCAGUGCAGCGGAGCAUCUGGUGUCAUGCGAGGACAUCUAUAGGGGGGAGUCUGGCUGUUAAUUCCCCAGACUGACUCAGCCAGAAAUGGACAGCACAAGAAUGCGCAUGAAAGGCUGUUCUUAUUGAGAAAGCUACAAUCCCCUGGUUGUUUGACAAGUUGCAUCUACACCUGACGACAGCUUUACCUGAAUGCAUCAUAGGUAAUUGCUUGUCACUUUCUUGUUUGCAUACCACUAAGUCUUUGUGGUUGGAUUUGUAGAACAAUGGGAUCCUAGCUACUUGAGCAAUGUGUUGGCAGAUAAGUAUGUAAUCCUGUUUUAACAGCCUUAUAAUCUUGUACUAAUGUUAGUUUGUUUUAUCCAAGUUUAACCAAUAUAUUUGUUUAUUUUCCAUGCCUGUUAUCAGGAUUUUCAUCAAUUCACAAGUCUUUUUGAUACCUGUCAUGCAGGUUUGUGUGGUAGACAAAGUAGGACUGAAGUUUCCCCUACAGCGUUAUUUUGGGGCCGGCUGUAGCAGCCUUGUAAAAACAUGUAUUGACUGUGCUCCAUUGUCUUUAGCGGUUAGCUGGAAUUCCAGCAUUUUAUUAGGUUAUGCUGAGUUUUAUGCUCUGUAUUCUGUCUGGUGUUAAAAGAUGGUGUGCACAGGCUGUCAUUGUGCAUCAGUUGCCACUGUUACAUCCCCGAAAGGCAGACACACAACAAUCAGCACGUGCAAGUGUAGAUCUAGUGGAGAAAAAACAUUGGAAAUACUCCUGAAUCGUGUAAAUCUUUUGUCCAUUAGACAGCACAAAUCAAGACAGAAUUUAGGCAAAUCAUGUAUCAAGCCUAUCAAAGAGAAGAGGAGCAACAUUAUACUUGUUUAGGAGGUAUGUAGUAUUAACUGAACUGUUAGGAAAGAAACUGUUGCUGCUGAACAAGGGUGUGAAUUUUAUUGUCAUCGAAGUCAUUCCAAAUGUGCUGCAUUCAAAGUGUGUAUUCAAUGCUACAAAUGCAACUGUAAUAAGUUUUAAAUUAUAAAAAUUCUGCAGGAAUAUUAUAUUGUAGGUUUUAGUGUUUUGCAUCUAAAAUCCAAACAAAUAAAAUGCUAUCUAUCCCGAUGGUCAUGAGUCUGUCUUAGCAUGCAGUGGGUGACGGGCACAGACAGGGUACAGCCUCACAGGUCUGAAGUUGGGUUUCUAUGCCGGCAUUUUUUUAGCGGUUACUAACUCUCAUCAUGUUUUUUCUCAUUAGGGUACAGUAUGCCAAAGGAACAACUUUGCCUGAGCGAGCACAGCCCCUGUGCCACAUCCAGCAAGAACGUCAAAGAUGAGCGAAACAGUACGACUCUGCUGGCCAUGUGUGAAACUAAAGAUGCAGAUGACUCCAGUGGAAGGGGCUCCCUCUGCAGCUCCGAGAAAGACUCAGGCUACUCUGAUUGCUCAGACUGGCAGCAUAUGGAUGUGGAGGACCAGCAUAGUGACAAAAGCCAGUCCGGAGGUAGUGAGUGUGCAGAAACCUCCCAACCUGGCCAGAGCAGAGAACCAGGGCCAAGACAUUCUGAGAAUUCCACCCUGAUGCUUGCAGGACGUGAGCUCCCACCCAACUACAUAAUCAACGACAUGGGGCUGAAGCAGAUCCCCAAGCCGGACACGAUCCAGAAAAAAGGUCAUCUACUCUGGAGAGAUAAAAGCUGGGAAACUGGCAGUUACGGUGCUCCCCCUUUGAUCGUGUUGCCGACCACGGGGCAGCCACACAAGCCCUUGUCCCGGAAGCCCAACAUCACGGGCAAGAAAAGAAACGGCACAUACCUGCCUAUUUUCAACUCCUGUUCCAGGAUUGCACCACACCCAUGCAAGAAGCCCUCAGAUAUAUCUUCAUCAAACGAAAAGCUCCAGAAUCUGAGCGAGAAUAUGUGCACAAACCAUAAGAGUGACAUUACACCAGGGACCAGGAGUCUACUAGAUCAGCACCUUAAUAAGCAACCCAAAAUAACAUUCUCAUGCUCUUCUUCACCCAGAGAUACUGUAUCCUCCUCCACUUCCACUAUUGCUUGCUCGAGCCAGGGCUCUCCAUCUUCGUCCACUGUGCACACCACCGGCUCCUCCUCCCUCCUUGCAUACAGAGGACUUCACAGGAAGGGCACCUCUAAUAUUAGCCACCGCCGUUUCCUCAACGCAUUAGAAAUCCUAAGACAAUCAGGUUUGUUAGACAUUGCACUGCGCACCAAGGAGCUGCUGCGACAAAGCAACGCUAUCGAGCAGGACAUUUCCCAACUGCGCCAGCACACAGAGCUGCUGUGCCAGACCGCCAGGAACCCCAACCGCGGCCUGAAUGGUGUCACAGCCUGGGAACCUCUCCACAGAGCCAUGUCCGAGUCCUGCAGCUACCCCAACCUCGAGCUCCUGCACAAUUUACUAACCCCACCUCAUCCAGAUUCUUCUGGUCAAGCAGAGAGUAUUAACACAGUUGACAGUGAGCAGCCAGCCACUGACAGCUCGGAUGUGUCACCAGUUCAUUGUCCCCCAGUCUUACUGGACCCAAACCAGAACUGUCCUGUAUCACCGCAUCAGUCGGAACAAAGCAGGGAGCUUGUCACCGGUGGGAAAGUGACCUUUACGCCUCCUGAUAGUUCUACCGGUUAGCACAAUCUACAGUUCCUUGAGGAGUAGAUCCUGCUAGUGGAGAACCGGUAGUUAUGUUUGGAUAUGAUGUUUCUUGAUUUUUUUUUUAUCUCUGCUUAUUUCAGAACGUACUGUACAAUAUGUCAGGGUUCCCAGUUGAUUUAUUAAUUUCACUGGAAUUAAGUUUUGACAUCUAAAAUUUGAUUUAAUAAUGAAUGUGCUUAAGUGCAACUGAUUGCCAUGGCACCAUCACCUAUCACUACUACAUACGUUACAGACCCACACGCAGGAGGAGACGCUGUCUGACCAUGAGCCUUUUGAUGGUUUAUGUGAAAAUAAAAUGUGUUUCCUUAUAAGGAAGAGGUAAUUUGCUAAAAAUCAAGCUGAACUUAAUGCAGUUAUGACAACUUCUGCGUGCAAUACCAGGUCAGUUUUAAUUUUGCCUUCACAACUGUUUGACUUUAUUAAUUGAAAAUGGGAAUAGAUCCAAUUUCUUGAAGAUCAUUUUUGAAUGUAAAAGUGAGAGUGUCCCAAUUCAGUGGCUGCAUCCGCAUUCUUCGGCUGAGCUGAGGCGUGAUACUCAAGCAUUGCACAUCUCGUUGUUUUGCCAGUGCAAUUACCUCUUUUUAAAAACAGUUAGUCAUUUAAAGCACAACGAAUCCUGCAAUACUCGGGUCGGAAAGGAUCCACCUGCUGGAGCCUUCGAUUCUCUGGGAUGGAAGGAUGCAUUUGUUGGCCGCAUUUAAAGGAGCCAUUGAUAUGGGACAGUCCAGUCGCACCACUGUGAUGCGAUUGGUCUUGAAAUGCAGCCUCUUAAGGCUGCAGCCACUGAAUUAGACACAGCUAUAGAUUCUUAUAAAUGUAUUUCCCUGAGCAAGAGCAGUCGCUAAGAUUGGUGCCUACGAAAGAGUCACUUUCAGGAAACUGAUCUUAUUUGAGGCACAACAGGGAGCCUAAUGUUGCAGUGAAAACUCCUCCUUUAAAGUCACAGACUGCCUCACACUGCACUGCUUCAGGGACUUGUUUUCAAACGCUUCUCCAACAAAGCCUUAAAGACUCUAGUGAUAUUUUACUCUCUACGAAGAUGCAUAACCGCCACAGGCUGUGACACUCAGUGAACUCAAUUCAUUUAACAUACACAGCACAUGCCUUGUUAUAAUGGAAGCAAUUUAACCACAGACUGGAUGCCGACAUCGCUCAGAUGAUCUGUUACACCAUUUCCUCUCAUGUAGCAGCUCUCUCCAAUUUGAUGAUUUUCUCUUUGUUUGCACAGAGCCACUAACUUUUUCCUGUGGUCGUACCUUUUUUUUAUUCAUAGAUGUAGCACCGUUUGCAUCGUGAGCCUGAGAGAGUUUGACAGUGUUUUUGUAUAAAUUUGUUGACUCAGUGAUUUAUAUGCAUCUGCUCUGCGUGGAUUAUUCUUCCACUAAUUUUGGCUCAAUCAUAUGACACAUUUUGAAACAGAAAGUGGUUUAUGCAGUGCAUUUUUACAUAAUUUUAAGGUAUUCAAAUAAAGCAAUAUAAAAAAUCACA